AUGGCGCAACAGCCUUCUCUCAGCUCCAACAAUCCCUUUCGUCGCAAAGACCCUGGCUCUUCUGCGCCCGCCGCCCCACCUACGGCCAUCCCAAGGUUCACCGAAUUCGACGAAACGCCGAGUCCGCCGCCCGCUCUGCCACCGGCGGACCUAUUUCGACACCAGUUGCAAUCGCUUUCCAGCUCUGACCAACCGCCCCCUACGACAAGCUUUCAAAAACCAAAGGUGGUCAAAAAGGUCCGCGUGCAGUCGCCCCCGCCUUCGUCUCCCGACUCUCCCGGCGUACCCCAGCGCUUCCCACCUGUCGAGCUAUCCGACGAUGACAGCAGCAGCAACAGUAGCGAUAAAACAUACGAACAGCUCGAUCCGUUCACCUAUGCCCCGUCAACGGGUUCGGUCGACGUGUCCGAUCUCGGGGAUGAGCCCCAAUCCAUACCGACAUAUCGAACCCCACCGAAUCCCUUUCAGAAAACCUUGGAGGAUUUGGAAGUCGGGGUGACAAAGCCGGAACAGAACCUCGACACGACCUCAAGCACAAAGGGCGGGCUGGAUGUUGGUGCGUUUGGCCGGUUGUUGUUGACGGGUCAAGCCGCUGGAAGCACAGGUUUAUCGCAGGCGACCACACCAUACACACAGCACACUCGGAAACCAUCAAUACCGAGCGGCGAUGGCGCAAGCGCAACAGAUACAUCAUCUGCCUCACGGCAGUCUAUAUCCGAUACGCUGCAAGCUGUUCAGGAAACCCCACAGACCUCCCGCGAGACGUCAGAGCACGGCGGAGAAGAUGACCCGGGUUUGACCAACAGCUCGCCGGUUGCUUUACAACAGGCUCCGACCGUCGUGAAGAAGAAGCCGCUGCCGCCGAGUUCGCGGCAUGGGAAGCUGAUUAAACCCGGGUCGGCCGGGGAGGCAAAAGGGACAACCGGCGGGGCACGACCCCCGUCAACCAGUUUGAACCACAGAGCUGCUACUCUACCUCCGGCCUUUCCGUCAAACGCGCGACCCGUCACGCCAUCUGGCGCUAACAAGCCUCUGCCCCUCGCCCCGAAAAGGUCGCCCGCGGGGGAGGCUGAGGAGAACGUGUUUGACCGCGAAGCAGCUGGCAAGACCCCGGAGCCGGAGAUACAACCAGGGCUCAACAUUGUCAUGCCUCCGAGGCCAUCAACACCCCCGAACACAUCACACGCACCGUCAAAUGCCGCGACCACAGCGGCGCAGUCGGCCAGAAAGCCAGUACCUCCCCCAAGGCGUCAGCCUCACGGCCGUUCAGAGAGCAAAGGAGUAUCGGGCGCGACACCAGCACUCCAGCAUGACGACACAGACCCCUCACAUAGGCGAUCUUCUAUGGACUCGACAAGAUCACGCUCUUCCAGUCUGCGCGUCAGCAUACACGCCCCAGCCCCCCCUCCGCCACGUCGGCCUACCAAUCCCUCCCGCGGUUCCAGCACCUACGGUAUGCCACCGCCCAACGUGCCACCCACGGAUGCUCCCACCGAGCCCUCGCCAAUCUCCGGUCCUAUCGUAGCCUCUCCUCCCAUAAUAGCAAGCGACGCCUCCAACAGUAACAGCACCCCCAAGUCAUUAACCACCGGCCCCGCAUCAACCUCAACCUCAGCCCCAACUUCGGCCCUGGCCCCUGCUCCGGCCCCGGCGGCGAUAGCCAAACUCGUCCCGCCACCCCCACCCCCGGCGCGUGGCGCCUCGGUCCGCGGGAAGAGGCCGACGAGACCCCUAUCUGGCGUGUCGUCACAAGACCCGGGCUUGCUCCCGAGGAGGUCGAGCGGCGGGAGCCGCGCUGGCAAGGAACCGCCGCCGCCGCCGACGAGGAAUCGCGACAGGGGCGGGAGUCGGGGGAGUGUGGACGGUGGUGGCGGUGGGGUGUCGGUGCAGAAUGGUGCUGCUGGUGAUGGUGGUGAUGGUGGUGGUGGUGUGGGGGGCGGCCCAGCGGAGCCGUCGCAUGCGGGGGAUAUAUUGGCGGAUUUGGAUGCCUUGCAGAGGGAAGUGGAUGCGUUGAGGGGACAGGUUAGAAGGGAAUGA